AAGGGCAAAAUAGUCACUUCAACCAUCCGAGCUAGGGCUUCGCAAGAAAUCAUAUAAGUAGCAAAGCGUCUUCGUCCUUCCCAUUUCUUCUGUCCCGUUGGAAACCCUAACUCCCACCCGAGCGAGGCAAACAACGAACUGAAGAAAUGGCGAAGUCGAAGAACCACACGGCUCACAACCAGUCGUUCAAGGCUCACAAGAACGGCAUCAAGAAGCCGAAAAGGCACCGCCACACUUCCACGAAAGGGAUGGAUCCGAAGUUCUUGAGGAACCAGAGGUAUGCGAGGAAGCACAACAAGAAGAGUGGUGAGUCUGCCACAGAGGAAGAGUAGACACCACCCUAUUGCUGAAACGUGUGUCUGAUUAGCGUUCAAUAUGUUAAUCUUGGAGCUAGUUUUACUUCUCUGUCAAACAAUAUUCAUUAGAGUUUAUAUGGGUUUCUGAAUGAGUGUGAACUCAACUGAUUUCUGAUUUUGUGGGAUUUUAGUAUUUGUGUUAUUCAACAUCCAUUCGAUCCUUUCGAUUUCUGA